UGAUUCGAAGUCUCAAGAUAUGAUUGAGAGAAAAAUAAAGAAUGCGCCUGCUGGUCAAGGGUCAGUUAGGAUGCUUACCCGCGAGGAAUGGGAAUCUGUUCAGGAAGUGCGACCAAGAACUCCAUUUGAAUCUAAACUAGCACGUCCAAAUGCAAGGCUGCGGACAGGGGAACCUUUGAAGAUGGAAGAUGUCAAGGAUUGGACAAUAGAUGUUAUAACCGAUGCACUAACACGAGCUGAAGAAUGUGCUAAACGAGGAUCUAACUAGCUUUUGAGUUGAUAAUAUUGGUUAGCAGUAACAAACAGAUCUGCUUCUUAUGUACCAGAAAGUCCCUUCAACGUCAGCCGGUCAUUUCAACAUACCAUCCUUCUACUACCAGAUGUGGAGAAAUGUUGGCACAAGCUUAUCACUACCUGAAAGUGUACGUACUGUGCAAAAUUUUAGAACCUCGAAGGUUUUAACGUGUAGUAACAUGCUCCAUUGUUGUGAUACUUUCUCUUUUAAAUUAUUGGAAAUGUAAACUUUGGUCAACAUACUGAACAUUUCCUUUGAACCACAUGCCAGAAAAUAUUGGU